GUCGUACUGACAGCUCUAACAAGAAGAAAACGACCAGGGAUCAUGCUCAUGCUAUCGAAAUGAUCCUGCUCCUAUUCUGUCUCUAUCCCCUCCUCGUCCUCUCCGUAUCCGCCCAUCAGUCCCGCUCCUACAACCCUCUUUCCACUUCACAGCUCAAGCGAUUAAUCCAGCUCGAUCCGCCCCAGUUCUCCAGUGUUACAGAUGGUCAUCUUGGUAAACUGCUUAUCCCAAGGCCAUCUGGAUCGGAAAACAACACUUUGGUACAAAAUUACAUCUCUUCGGUCUUUUCUAAACUCGGCUGGCAUGAAGAAAAGACGCCCUUUACGUCUGCUACCCCCAUAGGCGACAUUGAUUUCACAAAUCUCGUCUAUACGUUUGACCCAGACGCACCGAGAAAACUAGUCCUUGCGGCCCACUUUGAUUCAAAGUGGUAUCCAGACUAUCCCGCGAAUCAGUUUAUCGGGGCUACAGACUCAGCUGCUCCCUGCGCCAUCCUGCUAUCUAUCGCAGAAUUCCUUACACCCUUUCUCAACUCUCGGCAAUCUCGUAUAUCGUCUGGUCAACCUUUUUUGCGGGAUGGAUUCGAUGAAGAAGAAGAGGCUGAAACGACAAUACAAAUUAUCUUUUUUGAUGGCGAAGAAGCUUUCCACGAUUGGACGGAUAUGGAUUCCAUCUACGGUGCACGAUACUUAGCAGAAGAAUGGUCUGAAACGUAUCUCCCUCCUGCCCAUCCGCUUACUCGUCGUCGUAUGCACCCGCACCCUACAAUGCUCGACACGAUCGAUCACCUUGUAUUAUUUGACUUGCUCGGGAACAAACAUUCCUCUAUAAGGAGUUUCUUUAGGGAAACGGAUUGGUUGUUUGAUCGUAUGGCGAAUGGCGAUGAAAGGCUAAGAGAAGAAGGGCUGGUAGAGGUUGAGAAGGGAGAGGAUGGGUGGUUUAGAACUGAGAGAGGGAGGAAAGGAAUGGUGGGAGAUGAUCAUGUCCCUUUUUUAAAUAGGGGUGUUAGUGUACUACACGUCAUUUCGGUGCCCUUUCCUAGUGUAUGGCAUACCAUCGCUGAUGAUACGGCAGCCUUAUCACUACCCGCCAUCAGACGAUGGAAUAGAAUACUUAGAGUCUUUGUGUGUGAAUACCUUUCUUUAUUCCCCGAAGACAUGGACAUGAGUUUGGACAGGAGUAUAGAUAUGGAUAUGGGCAGUGCCGCGAAUGAGGCGACAGCAUCGACGAUAUCAACACCAAAAGCGAGAUCGCAAGACGAAUUAUAGUCUGUGAACAGUUACACAAUUAUUGAAGAAGGUUCGUAGCCAGAGCGAUACCAUGCAUGCAAGCGAAAAUGAGACGCUUGUC